UAAUUAAUUAGUGUAAGAUAUGACAGUUGGGAUAUUGAUGUAAAUACAGAAAGCAAUAGAUGGUAUACUAUCCAAUAAGUUUAUGGUGAAAGGAUGAGCUGACACCAUCAGGGAUAGUCUAAGGAAAAUGACUAAUCUAACAGAUUUAUUGUUGAAGUAUAUCACAUCGCCGGAGGAAGCAGCCUACGUACUGGAUUUUCUAAAAGAGCAGAACUAUUCGGUUGAAAAUCAAAAUGAUCUUAUCAGUCUUAUCAAAAAUCUGCAUUAUAACGAAUCGAACACACCUUCAGGUGAAUUGGAUGCAACUGUCGACAUGUUGAAACUGUACAUAUCACCACUGUUACUUGUUCUAGGAACCAUUGGUAAUAUACUUGCUUUCGUCGUCUUGGUGAAAAAUUCACAUAAAGUGUCAACGUACCAUUAUCUAUACGUGCUAGCUGUAAUGGAUAUACUCUUGUUGAUGACUAACUUAUUACAAGUUUGGAUUAAGCAGUUGACUGGGAUAUUGAUUCAAAACGAGGCUGAUUGGUUGUGCAAAUUGUUCGUGUUCGUCGGAUUUUUCAGUAGUGAUGCAAGCGUUUGGUUGAUAAUUGCCGUCACUGUUGAACGCUGGAUUGCCGUCCAGAUGCCUUUAAAGACGUCUAUGAUAUGUACACCUAGACGAACAAAAUUGUCGGUAAUUCUUGUGCUGGCAGUUAUAGCCUCGUUAAAUUCACACUUCUUGUGGUCAGUUGGUAUACAAGCAACCAACGGUACAGGUACAUCUAUAAAAUAUGAAUGCGCACCUUCACCGGCAUAUGCAACGCUUAUCAACACUGUGUGGCCCUGGGUUGAUGCUAUUAUCUAUUCUUUUUUACCUUUUGUGAUCAUAAGUGCUGUUAAUUUUAUGAUUAUCAAUACAGUUUGUAAAGCAAGGCGUCGGCGAGAAACACUGUUAUUAUCGUCGAAACAAAAGAAAAUAGAAACUCGAAGAGCUAAUAGUAAACUUACAUUAAUGCUGUUAUCACUAUCGUUUUCCUUCCUGUUUUUAACAUUGCCAAUGAACAUAAUGAUGAUAGCUGUAGUAUUCUGGAAUAAAGAAAACCACUCAUCAGAAGAAAACUGGACAUUUUCAUUAAUAAGAACUAUAACAGAAUUACUCAUGUAUACCAAUCAUACUGUAAAUUUUAUGUUGUAUUUCGUAACCGGACAAAGGUUCAGACAACAGUUUGUUAAAAUUUUCAUUCCAUGCAACACCUCGUGGUCUACUGCAAAUGAAAACGAAAGAACUCAACACAAUACACACCACAUGAAACGUGUGUCUUCGUGGAACAGUGACAAGAACGAUAAAGACGAUAUUGCCAAACCAAGUUUUAUACGCUCAAACAAUAUGAAACAUCGUCACGGACAGUAUGUUUAGAACACCAGUUGAAAGUGCAGAUUGAAUAAUCUUUCAGUUUUAAUUUCAAACUUGUAUCUUAAAUGAACACAAAGAAUAAUAUGGGAUAUUCGUGUAAUGGAUAGCAUUGUCUAUAACUUAAACAAAAUAAAUUUACAAUAGUAAUAUAUUACUAAACGUU